AAGAUCAAAACGCGGAACCAAGUGGGCACCAGCCAGAAAGCAGUGAAGAACACAGCAGAAAAGGAGUUCAUUCGUUCGUUGCCUCGCCGAGACGGGUCAGUCGUUCACAUUCGUCGUUCCCGCUCGCAAGUGUUUUUUUUUCGGGCAUUUGUCGUCGCGCUGUGUGCAACCGAGCUGGGUUGGAUAAAUUUGAUUGCUCAUUUUUGGCCAAGAUCGCGCGUCCAAGAUUAACGCCGACGGCGGUGGUCCAAAACUCUGGAGCUACUACCCGGGGUACGUCGCUCGAGUAGGACUUGACCUACUGUGAUCGGUGCGUUAAGGGUGCACGAGCCAUAGUGAGCCUUGAAAAGUUUAGUGCUUGAUUGUUAUGUGGAUGGAGGUUUUGUGAGUGAAAAUUUGAAUGGCUUAAUGUACUCGACGCCACAAGAAUCGACUAAAGAUCAAAUUUUGGGUUUGUUUUCUGCCGAAAAUAAGAGGGCAAAGCAUCGAGUUAAAAACACUCGAGGUUGUAAAGUGAGUACGCGAGUACUGGCCGGAUUCGAUUGGGUUGGACCUACAUUAUAUUCGCUCACUGUGUUUGGGUGGUAUUUUUAACAAGCCUCGCGCGCAGACAUCGGUCCCCUCAUCGGAACCGGCCGUGUAGGGAAGGUCGAACCGGCGAGCGACGAAGAAAGACGAGCGAGAAGAUCAGUGAGAUCUCGAUGCCGCCGACGUCGCCGGUCGUUCGUCCAUACAGUCGUCGUCGUCUUUGCCGUUGUCGUAGCAACCCGCAUGCGAAGUGACAAGUGAACGCGAAAUAAAAGCGAAGAGGAGAUCACCCGCCGAAGCCGAAAAGUGCAAAACGGAGAAAGAAAUCAGUGUAAGCUGCGCACGGCAGAGGAAAAGAAGCAUCGAUCAUUUGUAGAAGUGUUGGUGCCCGUUCAACGUGAGUGAACGAUGAUGUGAGCUUUUCUCGUUGUUUUGAGAAGUGUGUGGGAGGCAAAGUGCAAGAGCCGAAGUAGGAAAAGUGCUGUUUAAGUAAUUUCUCUAAGAAUGUAUAUUUUUCAGCUGAAUCAAAUUCGAAUCACAGUAACAACUGUUGGCGAUUGGCGGCGGUGAUUGUGGUUGAGAAAUACAAGUGGCUCGGUUUUUAAGUGACAAGUGUGUCGGUCGACAAGAGUGACGGACUGUUUGCUACAAGAACGGUGUGCCACGGAUGAAUGGAUAAUAAAUCAAAAAUUGCUUAUUUCUUAAAUUGUCCAACGAUUCGAUUGGGAUCAACUGUAAGGUGCUUUAAAAAAACCCAGUACAAUAUCAAAACAGAAGACUUGCUCAUUCAGCUGGACACACGUACACUACGACAAAAAAGAAGCAUUUGUUAGCAACGGUAAAGGCAGAAUUAGGAAAGCUUCUAACAAUAACAUAACCGGUGGAAAGUAAACACGAGACGAAGGCAGAACGAGAAACUGGAAAACUGCCGCUAAGGGCUACACACAAUAACUCAACGUAUCAACGUGAAUCAAGAUUGGUGAUUUAAAGGAUGAUUUGUGUGUUUUGGAUGACUCAAUUUCUGGACUACGGUUUUAGAUUGAUGAUGCCAUAGAAGUCUCGCAAAUUGUUUCUACAAAUCGAUGGGAACUUUAAAAAUAGUUGAAAGGUAAUGAUCGAACAUGUUCGGAACGAGUAUUGAAGAUCGGCUCAGUGAAACAAUGACGACCCACACGGCAAGUCGUACAAUCGAAGGUAGCGACGGUUGCCAUGGUACCGCACAGCAUCGAAGGCACAACUUCCGACGGAGGCCUACUGGGACGAUGUUCACCAGUGCCGGUUCCUUGCUCCUUACAGCCCUAGUGUUAAGUUGUCCACUGCUGGCAGUGGUCAAGGCCAUGCCACACUCUUCACAUCAUUCUUCGGUGUCCCUUCCGGGGGUCGGAAGCAGUAGCAGUAAUAGUAAUAGCGGUAGCAGUAGUAGUAGCAGUAGCGGUAGUACAAAGAGUUUGGGAGUUUACAUGAUCCGAUCGCCGGAGUCGACGACGGCACCAGCCGGCGAUGAGGUGCUGUUUGAGUGCGAACUGAAUCUGAUUCCGGAGCGGCUGGAGUGGAGGUUUCGACCGCAGGACGCAGCUGGCACUCGGGAUGAUUAUACCUAUUUGAACAGGAAUGGCCACAACGUCACAACCGUCGAGGGCAACUCCAAGUUGCACGUGUACGUUAACUCGAAAACGAUCGGUGAGUAUCAGUGCGUGGCAUGGUUUGGAGCCUCGGCGAUCGCUUCGAUCCCCGCGAGGUUAACUCUUGCCACGAUCAGCCUGGAAUCCAGUAUUAGCAACAGUGGCAGCGCUUACAACAACUACGGAUCUCUGCGAAGUAGUCUCAGUGACAGCCCCCAUAAUACACGAAACGAUCGUGUUCCGUCGGUAAUGAGGAGAGUGAUGUCUCCCAUCCAACAGCAGCACCUGAAAAUUUCACCUGGCAAUAGUAUUAUCAUUAAAUGCGGCGAGGUGGCCUCCAAUCCACCAGCCAUCUGGAGCUACUACAAGGAUGAAGUGGCCAUUCCAACGAACGUCCCGCAACUUCCGACCGGGGGAUUGAUCCUCGCGCAAAUAACUCCACAGGACUCUGGAACAUACCGCUGUUCCGCCAUCAACUCCAUUACGGGAAACGAGCUCAAAAUGCCUCAGAAGACAACCAUUCUGGUCGAAUACACGCCCCGAUCAGCGCCGAAAGCAAUCUACAAACCACAAAACGUAUCGGUAGCUCCCGGAGCAACCGCACUGCUCGAAUGCCCCGGCGUAGCAAAUCCCAUCCCCCGGGCGUCUUGGUUACGACGAGACGGUCUGCCCCUCAGUGAUCGCUCGGAAAUACUUCCCUACGGGCUUCAGCUCACCGCUGUGACCUCCGACGAUCAAGGAGAGUACGUGUGUCGCUUGGACAAUGGUAUUGAGCCGUUUUUGUUCCAUACCAUUAAGCUUACCGUCCUCGAGUCCCCGAAGAUCGUCGAACCUCCCCGAACGACCCUUACCAACGAAAGCGAAAGUCUAGAAUUGGAAUGUAUCGCCAAGGGAUCUCCGACGCCUGACAUUUACUGGAUGAUCAAUGGAGAUUACACAAAAUGGGAUCGACUGAUCAAAUCCAACGGGACAAAGCUGCUCAUCAAAUCGGUGGAGAAGAAGCAUGCCGGAAUCGUGCAGUGCUUCGCCCGAAACGAGGUCGGUGAGGUUAGCGAGGGCAACCUGUUGCAGGUCAACCCGAAGCAGAUCCCCGGCGGUGUGGAGACAGUGCCACUGGGGUCGGUACCAACCGGUCCCAAGGGGAAUGAGCACAACGGAAAACGUCCAAAGGGUGGAAAGAAACACAAGCACUUGGUGAUGAUCCCGCCAUCGAGACCGAAUAUCACUCGCCUGUCGGACGAAUCGGUCAUGGUACGAUGGUCGGUACCGCCAUCGGAUGGGCUACCGAUUCAGUUCUUCAAAGUCCAGUACCGUAUGCUCGGUGAUCCAUCCCGCAACAUUGCCCGCACCCAAUGGAUGACCGAAAACGAGGACAUCGCCCCCUACACGCGCUCAUACGAGGUGAACGGUUUGAAGUCGGACCAUUCGUACCGAUUCCGGAUCGUCGCCGUGUACUCGAACAACGACAACAAGGAAGGGGCCGCGUCUGGCAAGUUUCACCUGCAGCGGGGAAUCAAAAGCAUUCUUCUCGCUCCGACCCUCACUCGCACCGAAGCCGUUUCCCAGCACGCGAUUGUCCUCCACUGGCAAUUCCCACAGCACCUGCCGCAACCCAUCGAAGGCUUCUACGUUUAUUACCGUCCAGCCACCACAGCCGGUGAAUAUUCCAAGGCAACGGUUGAUACGCCGACGGCACGUCAUUUCAAAAUCGACCAUCUCGAACCGGGAACGUCAUACGAGUUCAAGCUGCAGUCCUUCACGGCGGCUGCUGCGUCAGAUUUCAGCGCCAUCUGGACGGGUAAAACGCUGAAACCGCCCACAGUUACUCCGGCAAUACCCACGGUCAUAGCCGCGUCCGAAGCUAGCAGCGGAACAGGUGAAGUUCCCAACUAUGUCUACAUGGGGGUCGGAGGGUUUGUUCUGAUUCUCGGAGGUGUCGUCCUGCUGUGCUGCUGUUGCGUAGCUUGCCGUAAAAAGCGAGGACCCGGCGUUGAUGAGACGGACGCCAAGUCGCACAUCCAGGUCGAGCAGAAUGGGUUUCCCGGAUCGGUUAGUAACGGUGGACCCCGGUCGCACCAUCACAAAAGUCGAAACGGGAUCAGUGCCCGCAUGAACAUUACGCCCAACCCGCUGGCUCAGGAUGGGGAUAAGAAUCGUAAUGUGAUGGAGCUGCGCUUUCUGCCGACCAAGCCGACGAGAUCCACCCCUCCGGUCGGCGGUGUUGGUGGAGGGGCUGGUGCCGGCGGCGACGGGGACGGCGAACUCGUAGACGACGUCAGCGGUGGCGGUACCAAUCUGACCAGCAAUGGUGGACCUUAUCUUACUAAUAACAAUCACCAUCCGCAUCCGUAUCACCAUCAUCAACAUCUGCAGCAUCAACAGGCGACGGCAACGGCUACGACCAUCAUCAACAGCAACAAUCCGAUGACAACUGUUGGGCAGGAGCACCUCAUGCUGGCGUCGAUGCCACACCGGAGAACGCUGGAACGAAGCAUGCGCAACCUGCAGCACGGGCAGCAUGUCAAUGGGUUGGACCAACAGCAAAAGAUGAUGCUGGAGGGCGAUUGUGGAGUGACGACAACCGUCGGAGCAGGCGUCGGUAUUGUGCUCGGCUCCCGAAACAACUCUUCGAUCCGACGGGGACGGCGGGGGUCUGGUUCCGUUCCCGGAAGCCCUCGGGUAGGACGGGGGCCUAGUGCUGAACUACUGCAGCACAACCGGUCCCCUAUGCCCAUUCGAGCUGCGGCCAGUGGAGUCAAGCGAACAGCCCGACUGGGUAGAGCCGAAAAUAUGUCCUCCGGAAGUUUGAACAGUAUUGAAGUGUGAGCAUGUAUAGUAGGGUUUCCAUAUUGUUCUGGAUUAUUUUUUUUAACGAACCAGGGCAGCAAAUUGUUCUUUAAUUAGGCAAAAAUUUACUUUAUUCGAAAUGUGAUAAAUUUUGCCUACAUUCGGGCACGAAGAUUGUUUAUUUUUCUUUUUUAUGUUUCUUGAGAGCUCCGACUAAAAGACAACCCGGCACAAAUCCGCAACCGAAAUAGCUACUCCUACUUAUAGACAAAAACAGAAGCCUAGUUUUAGAACUAUUAACCAGUAAUCCGUCCACCUAUAAAUGAAAAGCUGCAUCGGUGUAGGUAAGUGUGUAGCGUUAUACUCUGUUGCCACUAUGUUUUAGCCUAAAUCAUACACACAGUAUAUCAAAUUACAAGUGUAAAGAGUACGCUUAAUUAAUAUAAAACAUCAUUUCUGAAAACGUUCAUCUGAGAUAGCCAAGGAACUGCGGAUAGGAAGCGAACAUGAUUAUUUGUACUUAUAGACUACUUCCAGACUUUGUUCGACUUUCAACGGCUACCUUCAUUACACUUAAACGAUUGUGUAAAUAUUUAAUUAAUAUACGAACAUUUCGAGAUUUGCUACAAUGCAAGGGUAUAAAUAGGAACUAUCCACAACAAAUUAAGAAAUAUUUUUAAAACUAGAUUUGACUGAACUUUAAUUUAAUAACACGAACAACAUACUGUUUAGCAAUUAAGAAGACUAGUUCGAAUAGGUACUUAACUGUAGAAGAUAUUAACGCAUCAUGAAGCCGUAUUUAGAUGAGUGAGUGUUAAAUUAUUUACAAACAAAUAAACUUUUAACAAAACAGUCCUAGAACAAACGAGUGAAUUAGCAAACAAAUGAUAAUUUAUAGUUACGGCAGAUUAGAAGAUAGAAGGCUAAUUAUAACAACAUUAAUUAUCUGUACAUACAUUAUGAGACACGUCGAAGCACAAAAGCAAGUGACAGAAUCAGUUGGUUUUCGAAUGAUUUUCAUUUUUUCAAAAUUCUUCGAUAUCUGUUACUUAAGAUUGUAGAAAACGCACUUGCUGAAAAAAAAACAGUGACAAUUGAACAAAGUAACAGUAAUGCAAACAGCUAGGAAUUUAUUUGAUUUAUUUUUGAAGGAGGAAUUUCCACCAAAAUUUAUGAAGACUAGACAAAAAUAAACUGUUAACAAAAAUUUAUUAUUAUUAUUAAAAUUUAUUAUUUUUGCAUACAUGGCAGUCGAAAAAUAAACUCAAAAUCUAUUUUUUUUUAAA